GGGCGCGUCCUCCGACGCCUUUCCGCUCUCCCCGCGGGCUCUUCCUGCCACCCGCUGGCCACGCCCCUCGCGACUUUCUGCUGGCCAUGGCGGCUCGGCUGUGUGUACGGUGCCUCCCUCCGGCAUGGCUCUGCAGGUGCAAGCCCCACUCUUCCCUGAGAUCCCCCCACCUCCAGCACGGGCCCUUUUUUCUUCCUAGCAGGCUAGCCGGGCAGGGCCAAUGCCGGCAUUACCGCGCCGCCCUCUGCAAGGAGUUGAAGCAGCCCCUGGCCAUUGAAGAGGUGGUUCCCCGCCCUGUCGGGCCACAGGAGGUCAGAGUUGAUAUUCACUUCUGUGGCAUUAACUUUGCUGAUAUUUUGGUCUGUCGUGGUCAGUAUCAGGAAAAGCCUCCUCUUCCCUUUACACCUGGAAUGGAGUUUUCUGGGGCUGUCUUGGAGACAGGAGUGGAUGUCAGCACUGUGAAAAAGGGAGAUCGAGUGAUUGGAGUGAGCAGCCUUAGCGCUAUGGCCGAGCAGUGCAUCACCGACCAGAAGACCCUGUGGCGAGUUCCAGAAAAUGUCUCUCUGCAGGAUGCCGCCGUCCUGCCUGUAUCUUACGGCACCGCUAUUUUGGCUGCAGCUCAUCGGGCCCGCAUCCAGCCUGGAGAAACUGUUUUAGUGACAGCAGCCGCCGGAGCCACAGGCCUUGCAGUGAUAGAUGUGGCGACAAAUGUUCUCCAGGCCAAGGUCAUAGCUGCGGCUGGAAGCGACGAGAAGUGCAAGCUGGCGAUGCAGAGGGGUGCACAGUCCAGCGUGAACUACAGCCAGGGCAGCCUGAAGGAGGCAGUGAGGAAGCUGGUGGGCAGCGGUGGGGUGAACGUGGCCAUUGACAUGGUGGGAGGAGACAUCUUCCUGGAGUCGCUCCGCAGCCUGGCGUGGGAGGGCAGGAUUGUGGUGCUGGGAUUCGCUGGAGGAAACAUCGCAUCCCUGCCCAGCAACCUUUUGCUCCUGAAGAACAUCUCCGCCAUGGGCCUGUUCUGGGGUCGCUACCAACACCAGGACUUCGCCAGGUUUUCCGAGAGCAUGGCCUCCGCCCUGCAGUACUGCCAGCAAGGGCUGAUCCACCCACACACCGGGGCAGUCUUCAAACUGGAGAAGAUCAACGAUGCUUUCCUUCAUGUGAUGCAGCGCAAAUCCACGGGCAAGGUGCUCCUGUCCCUCAAGUGACGCCUCACCUGGGCGGAUUCCCAAACCUCGUCUCCUUCCUGCAUCCCAAAGGGCUGGGCCUUAUUGACCCAGGGGCCACAUCUUGGGGUUACUCCCUGUGGUUCUGCUUUCUUGUUGCCCAUCAUCAGUGUCAUCACAGAGGCUCUUGCCCAAACUCGACUCCUUCUGGGAACAAAAGGAACUAUUAGUAAUUC